AUGUUCUGGACUCAAGCAGAAUCUGGUAAUGACGAAGGCCUCGUUCCUCUGCACGUACAGCUCGAUACUGGCGCUGAAUGUACAUGUAUCGGGCUGGAACCACUAAAGAAGAUAAAGCACCUGUUCAGAUGGGAGAGCAGGAACAUAAGAUGCGCCGCCGGGAAAAGACUCGGCGUAUUCGACAAUUUCAACAGAAACAAGGUGGCCAGCUUCGCGAUCGUGAUAAACAACAAACGAGUUUGGAUCGAAGGAGCUGUAGUCAUCGAAAAUCUACAAGGUCUGCUGAUGGGCCUCCCACAUCUGAAGGGGAAAACCAUCGUCAAUCUUGUGGAGAAGUCGGUCACGUUUAACGAUGCUGGCAAAGUCUUCUACGGUACCGAGGAGGUGUGGAAGAUUGGAGAAGCAGAUGAAUUGGACAAGACCAAAUUCGAACCAGAUUCGAGGAAGAUCUACAAGGCGAAGAUCGAAAAGAUGCGCCAAAAAGCCGAGAAUUCUACCACGGUUGAUGAUAUAACAAUGGGAGAUGUAGGCGAAGCUUCAGCGAAGAGAUUGUGGUCAGUCUUCAAGAGCGAUGAGUACGCAGUCGUGUUCAAGAAAAGGAUCGGAUGCCUCAACAAAAACUUCAACAUAAACGCUGAAAUGAACGUUGAAAUCAAGGAGGAGAACAUCGGUCCAAGAAGAAAGCACGAAAAGCAGUCCGAAGAGAAAAAGGACGUGAUCUGUGACCAUCUCGACGAGCUGUACAGGGACAAGAUACUGGUGUUCCCCGACGAAUACGGCAUAAGACCACGUAACAUCAUACCGCUGAUGGUUGUGUCCAAGAAAGACGAUGAUGGGAACGCAAUUCCACUGGCACAGAGCGCCAGAAUCGUCACACAAGCGCACAACACGGUCAACAAAUGGAGCAAAACACCGCCGAUGGUAACGGACGAUCUCCAUGACAUUCUUCAGAAAGCGGCGAAGGCGUCAAAGUUCAAGUAUUCGAUGAAGUGCGACGUCAGCAACGCGUUUUUCCAACUACCGAUGAACCAAGACCUGUGGAAAUGGUUCGGCGUAUAUCACCCGCGCCAAGGCGUAAUGGUGUAUACAAGAUGCACGCAAGGAUGGAUCGCCUCGAUGGGAUUCAUGCGCGAAGCAUUCUUGAGGAUUUUCAGCCCGAUCGAGAAAUGGUGCUUGAGGUAUGCAGACGAUAUUCAUCUAGUUGCAGAAACGGAAGAUGAGUUCGUGAAGGUGAUCUCAAGAUUUCUCGACAUAUGCAAAUACUACGGGCUCACGCUGAAAGGAAGCAAGAUCUUCGUUUGUCCUGAACGCAUGAAUUUCUUGGGAAGCGUGAUAAAAGACGGCAAGAUCUACCCAAGCCCUCAUCAAGCAGACAAAAUCCGCCAGUAUUCGAGAGAGAAGAUCACCACCGUCAGCGAGUUGAGAAGUUUCUUGGGCCUACUUGUUCCACUGUCGAAGUUCCAGAACAGACCAACGGAGUACCUGGUGCCACUAAGAAAGCUGCUUGACGGCGACGGCAAAGUCAAGAUCAACUGGACGGAAGAAAGUGAAGAAGCACUUGAACUAGCCAAGAAAUCAAUGGACAAGUUGAUGGAACUAACUCCAUUCGACGCGAAGAAAAAGGCGUACAUCGUGGUAGACUCAUCAGCAGACGGAUGCGGCGCGAUACUGUUCCAGAAGGACGAGAACGGCAAGAACGUAGUCUGCGAGUUCUACUCGAGAAAACGCCCAGACGCAGAACGAAAGUUCAAGGCGAGCAGCUGCAUGCUUGAAACGGCAGGGAUGAUAGGCGCGUUAACCUACUGGAGAAGGUAUAUCAUCGAGUCGAAAUGGCCUACAGUAGUGUACACGGACUCGAGACCAUUAUACUGUAUCGCGAAGAGGUGGGCCGAGAAUAGAUGUCCAUCCGACAUCGUGACCAUAAACAACCUGUUUCGCAGCAUCAUCGGACUUCAAGUAACAGUUGUUCACCUUCCAGGAAAGUCCAUCGAAAUAUCUGGGUGCGACUUCAUAUCGAGAAGCAAGAGUCACAUGCAAGACUGCAACGACGAUUGCCAGAUCUGCAAAAUCGCAAGAACACCCAGCUCUAACGAAGUACCAUUCGUGUCGGAAAAGCAGCUAGAAGAAAUCGACACACAGGUCAGCAAGUUGAAGAACUACCAAGCGGUCAGAAGAAUCCAAGUUCACCAAUUCGACGAAAGCAUGAAAGAUGUAGCAUGGAACAUGACAGAUUCUUGGGUAGAUGAAGUUGACUACGAGAAGGAAGCCUUCGAGAAAGUCUGCUACGUAACGUCGAAGCGGAAGCCGAGAUCGCUGGAGGAAUUCUUGAAGGACGGCGGAGCAAUCAGGAAAAUCCAAGAAACGGAUCCAGUCCUGAAGCAAGCGUUGAGACACAUCGAGAAGAAGCUCAAUCCUCCUCCGAAAAAGAUGAAACUGGCGACGUUAUGCAGAAAAGCCAGGAUCGUCAACAACCAUCUGCGGAUGAAAAAGUGGAUCGGAACGGAAGAAUACGACUUGGUGAUAAUACCAGAGCCUCACGCUGUAAAGAUGUGUAGAAUGGUUCACAACGCCACGACUUGCCAAUCUCCAACACAGCUAGCCGAUAAAACAAGGAAGAUCUUCGAGAUAUCCAACAUAAAGACGCACGCGCUGAGGUUCACAACAUCUUGUUACAAGUGCAGCCUGAUGAAGAAACCAGACAAUCUGGUUGCACAGCCUCUGAAGGCAGUUCCAGUGCCUAAAAGGAUCGGAGAGCUGAUACUGGUGGACGAAAUCAACAGGACGGACAGGAACAACCAGCCCUUCAAGUUGUAUUUCGCAACCGAGGGUAUCACACGCUUCGGCGUAGCACUGGCCGACAGAAGCAGCGUGAACACAGGAAACUUCGUCGAUUUCAUGACCCUAGUGAAGCAACUUCUAGCGCCACUACAGAGCAAGUCCACGAGAAUCAUCAUUAGAUGUGACAAACAUGCAGCUCAUCGAAGCGCAGAAACGAAGUCGAGACUGGCGAAGCUGAACAUGGAAGUCGAGCUGUACGAGAGUACGCACAUGAGCAAAAACAUCAUUCCAGAACAAGACGGAAGAAUAGCAGUCUUGAGCAAGUUGUUGAACGCUCAGCUGAACGACAGAUCAUUGGAACUUCCACAAGCUGUACAGAACGCCAUCGCUUCGUACAACCACACGCUGGGGCACGGCAAGCUUGCCCCGGUCGAACUAUUCACGGGUGAUAUCAUCAGGCUAAGCACGAGAUGGGACAAGCAAGACUACGACAGAUUAUGGAAAGUAGUCGAGAUAAACUGGAAGAGUCGCACGUGCCUCGCUAGAAAGUUCAACGCCAAGAACGACGUCAAACCCCGAGAAAUAUCCUUCGACAUCAUUGACACAAUCGUGUCAGACACGGUCCGCAAAGUCAGCGAUAACUUACUGUCGAAUCCGAUGGCUAGAUUGUGGCUGAUGCAACCUGAAGACGUGUCAGUAUGGGAAGAAGCCGACGAGAACCAUCUGGGACCAAGAGCUCAUCGAAUCGACCUUCUCGAUGACUCAGCAAUCUCCCUCGGGCCGAAAUCGACAUUACCACCGACGCCAGCACCAGAAAUUGAAGUUUCACCGAAGCAAUCAACUCCGUCGAAGACGCUGAAAUCCUCAUUCGGGCUUUGGUGUUCGAACAACAUCGUGAGCCGGUUACUAACAACAGGAGACACGGGAGUGUGGACAGCUUCACCAGAAACAGAUCUAAACGAGACAGACGAAACUGUACAAAACAACGAGUCGAGCGAGGAUUGCUCGUUCCACUCUGUAGCAUCUUCUUCUGCGUUAAAUGAGUCGGAUCUUGAUAAACUAAAGAUCCGCACAAGCUCAAGGACAAGAAGAGAACCAGAUCGCUACAGAAGUGAAGAUUACAUGUAA